GUCCAUACAAACCAAGCACGCACAAACGACCCCUCGCCCCCCACACAACCACAUGAAGUAAACGAGUCGACUGAUGGAAGCGAGCCAUUACAUUUCCAUGCGAGUGCACCCUGACCUACAAUACCGUGACUGUCACCGCCUCCCACUGACUGAAUGCGCUGGAAUGGCGCGUCAGCUGCGUGCACCAGCUUAGGAGCCACUGAUUGUGACGAUGAUUGAGUGACCAAAUGUGAUAAUAAUAGAGAAGAGUUACCGUUGUUUGUUCCUUGUGUCUCCUUUUUUGUGAUUCAAAUGUCAAAUGUUGUGUCAAUGAUGAGCUCUCCACUGUCGUUGAGCAGCUCCAGUGCCUCCACUGGAGCUCCUGGAAUGGAGACCGUUGUGGCUGUUGCUCUGGGAGCUCUCGCUGCUGUCUUCCUGGGGGCUCUGAUUGUUCUCCUCGUCAUCUGCAGGAGGCAACGGUGUUAUUAUAAUCAGAAAGACUCUAAUGAUCUCAAUUCUGAUCUCCUCGAGGGCGAGAACGGACUGGGACUUGGGUUGGACGUGUGGGAGGGCGAGGAGUGGCUUGCUGGAGCUGAAAGGUGGGUUGAUGAUGCCACUGGCUUGGCACCACCUUGCAUUGCUGUGCUGAGGUCCUGUCAUUCACUAGCUGCAAGUCUGACUGCAAUCGCUGGGACAGUCAACAGUAAUACUGUGCCUCUGGAGAUUGUCGAUGUUGCCAGACGCAUUCCCCCUCGCGUGGACGACGUAGUUCGCAGUCUCUAUCCACCCCUGGAUGCCAGGCUCCUCGAGGCGAGAGUUGCAGCUCUAGUUCUAGCUGUCACCCAUCUCGCCCUCGUCACAAAACAUGGAGUACCAAAAAGUCAGGCACGAAAAUUGGCAUUCAUCGAUCAGGCCCUGCAGGACAUGGACUCCCAUCUCCUUGUCCUCAGGAAUGCUGCACUCGCGCAGGAAACAGCGUGCAGCAUACCUGCCUCCACCCCAGUUUAAUCCCUGGUUUCAACAGUAUUUGUUGACAAUUAUUGAUAUUAUUUUUUCCCACUCCCUAUUAUUACUACUGAUAUUACAGAAAAUGGAGAAAAACCAUUUUUGAAACGUUGUAUAUAUUUUUAUUUUAUAAUAUUCAUGAGAUAUCCUUCCAAAAAGAAACAGGUUUAGCGAAAAAUGCCUUUUUGUAAUAAAUAUUUACAAGUAAUUGAUUCAAACUCCAGGUCUUCCACUUCGUCUUCCAGUUUUUUAAACUAUUGUUAUUAAGGAUAUCCAAGUAAUUUAGUCUCCAUUUGUUGAUAUCUUUUUCAACAUUUGUAUUUACACGUUAACGUUCUAUUUAGGGCUCAUUUUUUCCUAAAUUACCCAACAUUUUACAAUAAUUUUAUUAUUGGAACUCCGAAAGUCUAAAUUUGAUUUGGUUUUUUAAAUCUUACAAUACGAGAAAAAUUAUGAAUAGUUUAUUAGCAAUUUUUCAUUCUAAAAUUUUUUCAAUCGUCAAAAAAGUGUCUAUAUCGAGAAUUUAAUCAAAAAUCUGUUUCAUGCCAAACUAAUGUUUCCAAAAGUUUGAAUAAUUCUUAUAAUUUAUUCAUUUGAAGGAAAUGCUCAAAAGGGACUGAUUUUUCCAAAAUAUUUCCAAAUUUGGUGAUUGAAAAUCUUCAACUACUUAGAUACACGGUUAGAAAAAAACAUUUCUAUAUAUUGAAAAUUACGCUCAAUUUUAACUUAAAAUCUAAGAAUAUAUACCUGAAGUUUCAACAACUAAUUCUUAAAAAAUUUAAUGAAAUAUGGAAUAAAAAAAUCCAAGAAGUGGUCGAUAAAUUUCAGCCAAAAAUAUCCAACAGUGUAUCCCAAAAUAUGUUAUUAUGGUUUAAAAUAAACAAAAUUAGAAUAAAAUAGUAUAACAUUA